GACUGUGUCGUAGAGACAAGAGAUCCUACGAGGAAACGAUUAUUUGUGCAAUCGAUAUAAAAUUUGAUUGACAAGUUAUUUACCGCCAACGCAUUCCCGUCCUGGUUGAGCCACACUCGUCGAAUCUGCGAAACGAAGAAGUGAAAAAGUUAAAAAUUGAACGGGUAAUUGAUUUUUGGUUACAAAAGUUUAAAGAAAUGGAGAAAUCUGUUAUACAAUCUAAAAAUAUCUCUCUACGUGAUUUAAAAUUGCUCGACGAAGAAACAAAUGUCGAAUAUACUAUAAAAGUACAAAGGGAAGACUAUAAUCGUGCUCAUAAUGACAUGAUGUUUGCUACUACAUUACUACAAAGAGCAAAAAAGUUACUGAGUUCUAAAGAUACACAUAAUUCUGUUUCGCCAAAAAAUAUGAUGGCAAAUGAUACCAGUAAACCCAGUUCAAACAUAACAGAAACAGUAGUUCUUACUGACAUUACUGAAAAUAUACUUCAAAAUAAUAUUACUUCUGACAGUGAAAAUGCUUCAGAUACUCAAGACAUAGAAGUAAAUAAAAUAAAAUGGGAACAUAAAGCUAUACUUCUUCUAAUAUCUUUAUAUAAAGAAAAAUCAGAUAUACUAGGAAAAGGUAGUCAUAAAAAGAUGUGGACAGAAAUUGCUAAGUGCAUGAAGGAAAAGAAAUACAAGUUUACUGGCAGUCAGUGCAAUAAUAAAAUGGAUGCAUUAAAGAGACGAUAUCGUCAAAUUACUGACCACAACGCUCAGAGUGGGAACGACAGAAAGGAGUGGAUAUAUUUAGAUGUGUUAGAUGACAUUUUUCAAAAGAAACAUUGGAUAAAACCAUUAGCUGUAGCAGGAUCGAAUGUUAAAGAACCUGAACAUUCACCAUUAACUGAUAGUGAUGAACAUGAAUUACCAGUCAAGCAAAGAAAAAUCUCAUUAAAUGAAGCAAGAGUGAAUUAUAUGGAAGCUUCAUUAGAAGAUAAAAGAUUAAAAAGAGAGGAAACUGCUAAUUACAGAGCAACAAAAUUGCAAAUAUUAAAAGAAAUAAAAGAAGCAUUUGAAAAUCGGAAACAGUAAUGUGUGUACAGAAAGACAUAAAGAAAAAAAUGUAAGUUUACGUUCCAAAAUCGUUAAAAAUUUAUGUUUCAUUAUACUAUUAAAAAUUAUUCUAUAAUUGCUACUCGUACCUUAAUAAUACUACAACUCGUAUUAUCAAAAAUAUUACAUUUUUGGUCACAUAUUUUUUUUGCUGAAUAGCUAAGAAAUUAAUUUUGAUAUUGUCUAAUUUAGUAACAAAGUAUUAUAUUCAGGUUUAAUUCCAUGUUUUUUUUAUAUAAUUGAGAUUAUUAUUUUUAUAUAUGAAAACUCAAAUGUGAGUGUCUAGAUGAUUUAAUUUAAGUAUUAUGUUUAUUUUUUAAGCCAAAGUUUCUUUGUGAUUAAUAUAAAUAUAAGCGUUAUAAUAAAGAAAUUCUCUUGAUUUGUAUGGCAUUAUGUUAAGUUUAUGUUUAAUGUUUAACAUAUAUUAAAAUCAUUUUUAACAGAUAAUAUUGUAUUCAGAUUUAAGUGCAUUUUAUAUAAUAGAGAUCAUUAUUUUUAUAUGUGAAAAUUCAAAUAUGAAUUUUUAAGUGAUUUAAUUUAAGUAUUGUGUUCAUUUAUUUUUCAAACCAGUUAUGUUUGUGAUUAUAUAAACAUAAGUUUUAUAAUAAAAUGGUUCUUUCGUAUUUUUAUGGCAUUAUAUUAACUUUAUGUUUAACGUUUACCAUAUAUUAAAAUUAUUUUUAACGAACACACGCUCACGCAUGUAUAUGAAAAAGUACAAAUAUACCAAAAUAAUAAAUA